AUGGUCUCAUCAAUGGAGAAGAGUGAGGAACCAAGAGGCAUAUCAAUGGAUCAAGAAGUCAUCCAUGACGGAGUUAAGAUCGUUGAGGGAGAUGGAGGUUCCAAAGCCCACACGAGGAGGACCCUUGGUGAAGCUGGCGAGAUGCUGGGCGACAACAGCAGUACAGGGAGAGACCUAGUGGGCGGCGCUCGUAAUGGAGGAGGCUUGGUGGGCGGCGCCCUAGGCACUGAGGUAGGUGGCGCCCAAGGCGUCAAGGCAUGCGUUCCAAGUGGCGGUGGUGACUUAAAUGCACUGGGCAAUAUUGGUGAAGGUUCAAACACGGUGGGUAACUCCAGGAAGCACGCGGGUAAGAUAAUCUUCUGA